AUGGAUUCACUCUUCUCGGCAGUGAGGUUUCAUCCUAUUAAGAUGACUUCAAUUUUAUAUUGGGGGUGCCUCAAUUUUCUCUUGCGGUCGGAGGAUCUUACUACUACGGCAAUAACAAUACGAAGUCCUUCAUCUUUGAGUAUAUCAAGAUCAUCAGCAACCUCUUCAAUACAUACGAAAGACACAAAGGUGAAGAGAACUUUAUAUCUCCAAACAAUGGGACUUCUACAACCAUUCAUAGGGCAUUCGCUCUUGAUUUUUAUCACGACACUCCUGGUGUAUCAGGUCACAUUGGUGGUUUAUCGACUUUACUUUAGCCCUUUGGCUAAGUUUCCAGGUCCUAAGUUGGCAGCGGCAAGUCUUUGGUACGAGUUCUACUAUGAUGUUUGGUGUGAUGGACAAUUUACGUUCAAAAUCAGAGAGUUGCACAAGGUUUACGGUCCCAUCAUCCGUAUCUCUCCCCAUCAACUCCACGUCUACGAUCCCGCUUUCUAUGAAGAGUUGUAUUCCCAACACAAAGUCCGUCACAAGUAUUCCUACUUCCUCGAUCGUUUCCAACUUCCCGGCUCAGCUUUCGGAAGUGUAGAUCAUAAACUUCAUCGAGAACGACGCGCUGCUCUCAAUAAAUAUCUCUCAAAGCAAACUAUUAAGAAAUUGGAACCUAUGUUACUUGAUAUGCUUGACAAAUUAUGUGGAAGAAUUGAAGAAUUUAGGGAAAAGGGUGAGGAGUUGGACAUGAGGAUUGUUUAUCAGUGUUUUAUUACUGAUGUUAUUACUUUGUACGCACUAAAUCGUUCCUGGAAUCAUCUUGAUUCUCCCAAUUUCUCACCCCUCUGGGUCGAAACCAUAGCCGAAACCGUCAAAUUAGGCCACCUCCUAACACAAUUUCCUAUCCUCCUACCUAUUUCUCUCGGACUUCCCAGAUGGUUUUUAAAGAUCACCAAACCUGGUUUUGCUAUGCUCAUGGAUUUUCGCAAGGCAAUUGAGGUAGACACCAGAAACAUCCUCGAUGGUAACUACAAAUUUGAUCCCGAUAAAGGUAAUGGAAUUGAAGGAACAAUCGUUCAUGCAAUUCUUGAAUCAGAUGAAAUUCCUCCUUCGGAAAAGGAGUUUCAAAGAUUAUUUGAAGAAGCAUUUACACUAAUUGGAGCUGGGAGCGACACGGUAUCGAACAUGUUGACUAACACACAUUUCCAUCUUCUCGAUAAUCCACAACAUCUAAAGACUUUGAGAGGGGAAUUAAAAUCAGUUAUGCAGGAUCGAUACGCAAGAGCUUGUCUGAAAGAUCUUGAAGGCCUUCCAUUUUUAAACGCUGUUACUAACGAAGGUUUGAGACUUUCUUAUGGUAUAUCAACUCGUCUUCCCCGCAUUUCUCCUUAUGAAGUUAUGAUGUAUAAAGAUUGGGAGAUUCCUGCUGGUACACCCGUCUCGAUGACCUCCGUCCACAUGCACCAAAACCCCGAUAUCUUCCCCGACCCACUGACUUUCAAUCCCUACCGCUGGCUUACUUCCACUCCCGCUCCCACCAACAAUUCUUCCACCACUCCACCCCUUCACAACCUUACCCCCGACAAAACUCUCGAGAAAUACCUCGUCGCUUUCGGCAAGGGAUCGCGCUCCUGCGCGGGCAUUAAUCUGGCCAGAGCCGAAAUCUUACUCACGCUCGCGACGAUCUUUAGAAGAUAUGAAGCACAGGAGCUGGUGGAGACGGAUAGGAGAGAUGUGGAGGUAAAGAGAGAUUUGUUUUUACCGUUUCCGGAGGUGGGAAGGGGAGGUGUGAGGGUUAGGUAUGGAUAA